AUGGUCAAGGGAAUGGUGGACCUGAUUGGUGGAUGUGUUGCCAGACAGAAGGGCAUUCCAAUGUCACAGCUUCGCGAAGCUGCCUCGGAGAUGGUUAAGCCCAACUCUGCGCCACAUGCUGGCCUAGAGCAGGAGUCCCUGGCCCAGAGGCGGCGGCUCCAGCAGCAGCAGCAGCUUUCUUCAAGGAGUCUAUCCCCUAGGCGCCCACUGCCACCAAUGAGAAGACGGCGUCCUAGGCGCCGCUGCCGCCGCCACCACCGCGAAUCGCACCACCGCGGCUACCACCGCGAAACCCACCGCUGCCUCCAGCAAGGUGAAACCCUGGGUUUUGCCAGUUAUUUCUGCAGGAUCCUGAGGAGCAUCCACAGAAACCUGGGUAUUACCUGCCAGGCCGUGUCCAUUCUGGACUGCGUGGUGAAGGGCAUCCUCCAACGUAUACAGGAGGUGGCCGCACAACUGGCACGUUAUGCGCAGCACUCUAUCAUCACCAAAAGAGACAUCCAGAUGGCGAUGCGUCUGCUGCUGCCUGCCAGGCUGGGCAGCAGGUUCAUGAUGCAGGACAACAAAGCCACCAGCAGACGCACCAAUCACCACUGA